GUGGCAUCAAUAGACUUGCAAACAAAAGAUGACACGCAUAGGAGGCUCCCGCAAUAGAACUGGAGCAAGGCUGAUCUCAUCCCUUUCAGCGCGGAGUAAAUGCAAUGGAAGAGGACAAGGCUGCAGAGGAGCAGGGUAUCCUACGGCUGAAUGUGCGAGGAUGUCUGUACACCGCCAGGCGCCAGUCCCUGUGCCGCUUCAAGGACUCCAUGCUAGCUUCUAUGUUUAGUGGACGCUUUCCUCUAAAAAUGGAUGAGUCUGGAGCCUGUCUGAUUGAUCGAGAUGGAAGCUUGUUUAAAUAUCUUUUGGAUUAUCUUCAUGGAGAAGUUCGGAUUCCUGAAGAUAAACAGAUUCAAAUUGCAUUGCAGGAGGAAGCAGAUUAUUUUGGCAUCCCUUAUCCAUACAGUCUGUCUGACCAUUUGGCCAAUGAAAUGGAGACAUAUUCUUUAAGGUCAAAUGUGGAGCUUAAGAAGGCUUUGCUGGAUUUCUGUGAUUCUUAUAAUUUAAUCUGCACCAAGCCUACAGUUUGGGUUCUGCACUAUCUCAGCACUUCUGGGGCAAGCUGCGAGAGUAAAAUUAUUGGUGUGUAUGCCACAAGGGCUGAUGGGACUGAUGCAAUUAAAAAGGAGCUAGGAACAAAAAUUCACAGUAAGAGCAUCUACAAAAGAGAAGCUGGAAAUAAUGUCCAAUACAUCUGGAGCUAUUACUCUGAAGCUGAACUGAAAAAGAUGAUGGAUGCUUUCGGCACCUGGGAAGGAAGAGGUGUCAGCUACUGGAGAGUGCCCCAGGAGCUCAUUGAAUGCUGGACUCUUGAAGAGCGCUCUCUGAAAGGCAGUUUGCAUCAUAUGCCUCCAGUUCAUAAAAGACGCUUAAUUGAUUUCUCUGAAGUGGAAGACUACAUACCAUGCAAAGUGGGUCCCAAGCCAAUUAGAUUCUCAGGUCCCUCAACAAGUACACAUAUCAAAGUCAAGAAUUCAGCUUCAUUAAAGGUAGCUGCUUGCAACACUUCACAUUCUGCAGUAACUCUUAAACGACCAAAUAGUGAAAAUUUGAUACUGCACAAAGUAGCUUCUAAAACUGUGUCCACAGCAUGCAUGCCAGAGCCCAGCAAUUCCCAGGUGCCCCAGCAGAGUGCUGAUGAUGAAGCAUCAUGUCAAAUGACUUUCAACACCUCAACAUCUAGAAAACCCGUAAGCAGCCGUGCAGUAAAGCUGAAACGAACUCCACUUUUUCUCAUGACACCUUCUCAGUCAUCAUCUGUAUCCAAUAAAACAAGCGAACAGGAUAAAGCUGCUGCUGAAAUUCCUACUACUUCGACAGUACUAAACAAGAAAGAACCAGCUGUGUUAGCAGAGAGCAAUAAGCUUAAGAGUAAUAAAGUGGAUGGAUAACAUUGGACUCAGCCUGAUAGGCUGUGUAGCUUGGGAACAUCUGGCCUAAGAACAGCUCAUCAUCCCAUGUUGUCAGUUAUUCAAGGAUUUGGUAGAAAAUCAUGGUGAAGAUAGUGAAGAGUUAGUGAAGAGCAGAGGGAGAAAUGAAGUGUAUUUUCUGAUUUUAUUUCUAAGUAUUUUUUAGAAGUUGGGAGGAAGAAACAUGGCUAAAAAACCCCCUAAAACACAAAGCAUGCUUAAUAUUAUGGUGUCUCCUUCAUAUUUGUGUCAGGCUGUACUACUGACCUUUUAAAAGGAAUACAUGCACAGCACAGAAGACAAUGUGCUUAUCAAAUUCAGUUCCAGUUAAUUUCCUUAAUCCAUAUAUUUCAAGUAGGGGAAAAAUAGUAACAAUGAGUACCAGUUAUUAGAUUCAAGUUUGUCACAAGUGUGCAAUAUACUGAGUACUGUAAAGAUUUCAUUUUAUUUUAUGCUGGAUGCACAAAUAAUGGUAUUUGCAGUGAGGAGAAGUUACCAUUUUAUCAUUGGUAGCAAUUAAAGGGACCAUCUUUACAUGUACACAGAAAAUUGAUAAACAGGAAGGAAGAGCAAGACUAGGGAAUAAUAAGGUAGUUUUUCCUUAGACCUGAGACAUAUGUACUCUAGUUUCCUACUUGUCCUCCCUUGUACUAGGGUGCAUUUUCAGCAACAAUACUGAAGAACUCCUGUAUGUUUCUAUCAGCAAAGGAAAGCAGAAUUUGGCUCACUUUUUUAAAAAAUCCUUUGGGUUGUUUAAACCAAUGCUGUUUACGUUUCCCAAAAUUGGCUUCAUUUUGUGCAAUUGUUUGUGUAUGGUUGGGUACUGCUUUGUUGUUGCUAAUAAUUUUGCAACACAGUAAAUACAGCUGGCUUUAGAUGUUGCGAAGUCCUAUCGCAUUGCCAAAAUGAAAUGUUCUUACAAUUUGCUUCAAGUCUUUUGUGUUCUAGGUUAUUUAGAAGAAACCACAUUUUUAGGCUUUUCAUCAUAACUGCAAGGACUUGAAAUUUCAUAUGCAAAGUAAAAAAGAGAAAUAGCAAAAUUUCACAUACUAACAUCUCUUUAAAGAGACAUUUUGCCAUGAAUGAGUUAUGUAAAGGUGAGAGUAUUGUAAUUUUCUGCUAUUUACAUGUAUAUUAAAGACCUGCCUACCUUUAAAAAUCCUUAAGCUACUGUAAUAAGCCUAAAAAGUCAAUUUUCCAGUUGUUUAGUCCUCACUUUCACACUAUGUCUAAAUAAAAAAGGCUCUCCCUAUCCCACAGAAGAGAUUCACUUAAGACCAGAAAAAGCAGAAAUUAAAGGAGAUACUAACAAUGAAACAUAUUCUUUGAGCAUGCAAUUCAUCAACACUAUAUAUACCAGUCUGAUUGAAAAGCAGUUUUUAAAUAACUACCUUCUGUGCGACUUUUAUUUCAGUACUUACUGAAUAGCUGAGCCCUUUACUGCAUCCAUUUAGGUCCUUUUACAAUGAUUCCUCUUCAAAUUUGGGUGAAUUUGUAGGCUUCUUUCAACAUCAUACAAAAGCUCACAAGUCUGGCUUCUUGCAGAUAAGACUAAGACUGAUCCCUCUGGACUUCCUAAGCCCGUGCUAGUUCAGGGUUUGUCUAAUCAUUCUAGUAGUACAGUAUUUUUCAUGUAACAUUCAUAUCAUUUGCAUUCCAGUGGCUUCAGUCUUAUCUUUGUCCUAGACACACUGACUUGUAGUUUAAAAAAAAAUUACAAAAUCACUCCCUUUAAUUUCAGCAGAUGAAAUAAUGAAUGAAAGGGGCUGUGGUGGGAAGGUACAGCAAGUUUUUUUGUUUAGAGACUCGAUUUUUUUUAUUGGAUGAGAAACAAACAUGGCUUUAAGCAAGCACUUUUGUCUUUUUAUUUUUAAUCCCUGUGAAGCUUGCUAACAUUCUGUUGUAAUGGAUGGACUGAUUUUAAACAGCUUUAUAAGAGCUGAACCUUCAAGGUGACUAUAAAAGCUUUGUCUAUAUCCACCCAAGGCCUUUUAAAGUGUAAAAUUAAAUAGCAUUUAAUCUUCUGUCUGGGAGGCAGAGAGCUGAAAACAAACCUGCCCAUCCAAGGAUUAGUCAGCUCUUAACCUGGCUAAUAGACUGUUCUUUUGAGGCCUGGAACAAAGAGCAGAAAUUCUGCAAGUCUGAGAGUUUCUUGCAGGUUAAACUUUCCUCAGAUCUGUACGAUCCCAAUUUUCUUCGAAGUCCACAGUUUUCUUAAUGCUACACUCAUCUGCCUAAAAGAGUUACCAGCUGGUACAGUCAACUGAAGUGAUUAUGGCUUGUUUUGCAUCUUUGUACAAUUGCCACUCAUUAUAACAGAGACCACAGUUAGAAAGUUUCUUUGCCCUAGUAAUUUAAUAGCUGUGCUCUGAAGUGUAACAUGCAUCACACCAAUGAACUUGGAUGCUUGUCUCUUUCCCCUCACAAACACAGUCAAUUUUCCAGUUGUUUAGUCCUCACUUUCACACUAUUUCCAAACCAUUUAUGAUAUGGCAUAAUGUAGAAAAAUACAAUUCCAAAUUAAUUUCCAGAAAAUUACUUUUCCAUGAUUAAGUGCCUAUUAUCACCAGGAUAUGUUUCAAAUAGUUGUAAUUCUAUCUGUAUGCUUCAGAGUAUGGAGAACUCAUACUUGCCAUAACCAAGCAGACAUUAUUUCAUCUGCUAGGUGCACAUGUUAACACUGAUUCUCAGGGAGACUUUUCAUCAGGCUUGUUUUCAGCUAAAGAGCCACAGAAACACAAUGCAAUCAAAUAAGCUUCUAUGAACUGGGCAUUAAUUCAGAGAUGCUUCUCUAUGAAAUACAGCUCAAGUUACUUGUAAAUAAAACAACUGACGAUUCUCUCAAGACAGCGUUGACUGUUAACACACUGACUGCUCCUAAGAAAGCUACCUCUUUCCUUCUUUCAAGCUGUUCAUAUUCACUCCUUUAAAUCCACUUAAAAUGUUCAGAUAAUAAACAUUAUGUAGUACAAAUCUUACUAUGAUAAAAUGGAAAUGACAGCAUUAUCCAGGAGGUAAGAAGAUUUUGUCUGUUUAAUUUUCAAUCUGUGAAGGACAAAUUCUCACCUGGCAACAAUGGGAGGCCAGUUGUACCAUCAAAAACUUGAGAGUGAAGCUAUCUAUUCCAUAGCUGCAGUUAAGAGUGAGAGUGUGGCUAGAAGUAAAGCUCUGUAAAUAUGUGGAGGCAAAGCCCCAAGAGAUCUAGAUUCAUUUUGGGCAACAGCUUUUAGCAGAACGUCAAGCAGCAGAAGCAGAUACAGCUGAUGUUACAGACCUCUGCUCUUUUCUGAGUUUCUGUGUACUUUCUACAGAAUUCUAUUUUUGCAGGAAAAAAAAAAAUCUGCCUGCUUAUACCAGCACUUAUCACUGAGCUGAGUAAUACUUUGCAAAUUCACUGGGCCACAUGCAUCAAUAAUUUGACCAUAUUCAAAGUUGUCCCUUUCCUAUACUCAUCUCUUAGCUCAUUCUAGUUUCUGGUACAACAUCCAUGAACAUUUUUAGUACAGGUUGUUCAGUUGUUCUUGAUACAUCCCAGUCACUGCACGGGGAAAGACUCACCAUAGGAAAUGCCAUCCAUCCAUCCAAGCUCAGACCAGGUUGCUUUCCUACAGCAUACAGCAGCAGGAUCCAGGAAAGGAGUAUACAAACUAAAGUACAAACUUAUCCUUUCCAAAAUUAUUAGUUUUAGUUCUAGAGCAACAUUUCCAAUGGCUUUAAGCCGUUUAAAAGAUUUUUUUUUCCGAACAUCUUAAAAUCUUUUAAAGUUUUGCUUAAUAUAGCUUAGCUAUGUUAAAUUACAUUAUCUUUCUAGUUUUCCAGCCACAUAUCUGGUUCUUUGUUUUGCUGAGUUCUUGUAUUAAUCUCAAUUUGAUAGUACACAAAAGACAAAAAGAUUGAACCCAUUUUAAAAUACCAGCCCUUAAGAUGUGUAUCUACUUUCAAAACAGUGGGAAUUCCACAUUUCAAUGAUGCAAAAAAAAAACCAAACCUGUACUUGUUUUGCAAAUUAGGGGAAACUAUUAUUCUCUAAAAGGACUUGCUGGCCUUAAAGCCAAGGCUUGUCCAGCUCUUUAUUCUCUCACUGAUCCCUGUACAAAACCUGUACAUUGAACGUAUCACACAAAGCUAGAUCUGUAAUUUGAAGAUAGAAAGUUGAUUAAUUAAAUAAUUAUAUGUAUAGUGAGCAGUAAAGCACUGCAAGAAAAUGGCAAAUAAAAUUCUAGCAGAAACAUAAAAAGAUAAAGGGAUACUAUUCUAACACAGCUAUGUUUUACAGCCAGCCAUUUAACAUAUUUAAAAUGUGUACUACAAUACUAAAGCAUAUUUACUGCAUCAAGACUGCAGAGUCCCCAGAACCAGCCAAAUCCACACUUUUAUCUCUCAUCAAAGAAUGUGUGUUUGUGUCACAGUCUGAGGAUAAAUGCUUCCUCUCACCUGUUAGUCCUGAUCUGUCAUGUACUAAGCCUCCAGCACAGCAAAGAGAAGCUGGUAUUGAAGAGCACAAGGUGAUCCUGUUGUGCUGAGUUAUGAUUUAUGUUAGAUUUGAUUUGUUUUGAGGAAGUCUGCUUGUAAGGAAGCUGACUUAUGGAAUAAGAUAACUUCCAAUAAACCUGUUAAGUGGAAAAGCUAUAAGGAAGGAAUAAAAGUCAUUACAGAUACAUCAGAUAUUUUUAGGAGGAGGUACAAGAAGAGAUAUAAGUAACUUUCAGAAAUUGUGCAAAAGCAAUAUAAUAUUGUUCUGGUGUAAUACCCAUACAGAUACUGUGAUUACAUCUCUAACUAUGAAGUUACAGUAUGGCAGAAGACAAAUUUUGAAAAUACACUUUUCUGGUGGGCGUGCACAGCACAGAGAUUCUGGAAUUUCAGCUCCAUUUACUUAAAACAUUCAGCCUAAAAGCUUGAUAGGUAAUUAACCCAGAUAGGAGAAGGGUUUGCAAUGCUAAAAAAAAAAGCCAGUGUUUACCUAUGAAUACUUAUUCUAUCACCACUAUUCCAGAAGAAGAUGAGCUAUUUGCCUUGUAAAAUCAGGUUUUACCAUCAUUCACAUGUAGAAAACUGUACAGGUAUCAAGAGAAAUAAUCAAAAUCGUUUAUAAAUCAAAAGUGGAAUUCAAUACAAAGAAAGUGUGUAGUCAGCUCAUGGAAAUUAGGCAGAGGUAACUGGCAAAAAGCAAUAACCAACAAUAAACGUACAAGGUGUCCAACUCUUACUGACCUCAGUGGGAAACAGACCCUUUUACACUUCUCUGAUUCUGACCCCCAGGCCUCUAGUUCAUUUUAUGUCAUGUCUGGAGUCUUUACUGAUUAUUCUGAUACCUUAGUAUUUUCAGUAACAGCUUUUAACAUAGGUUUGUCCAAGAUUAGCUCUUCAUGGGAAGGUGCUGUCCUAUGCACUUGCGGCAUUGGAAUUUGGCCAAAAGCAAAAGCCUGGUCCAAGCCAAAUUCAAACCAAAGCCUCCCACUGACACCAGCUGAACUAAGCAAAUCUAGUUUGAGUAUGAUCACAAGUGGUUAGGUACUACAAGGCAGCAAACACCAGAAUGUUUUAGAAAGAAGAUUUUAAUUUUUUUUUUGGAAGAAACAAGUUUUCUGAAAUACAUAAUCAGAACAUUAACACUAAGAUUUUAUUUUAAUAGAAAACUCAGAAGGAUGUGCUAUCUGCUCAAAUAUGUACCUCCACAUUCUGCUGCAUGUUGCUGUAACAAAUUUAUUAGUCAUAGCUCUCAUUAAGGACAGAUGGUUCCUACAGCAAAAAAUAUAGAAAAAUAAUCUGGAUUCAAGUCUAGAACACCAGUGACUUUUCAUAUGCAAAAAAAAUAAAUCCAACUAGUCAUAGAAAAAUGGCUGAUAAGGAUGGAGAAUAGGACUGUGCAUCUGAAUAGCCAUGACUAUAUAUAAUCUAAACUUGAACGAAAUGAGCAUUUUCAUAAAAAUAGUUUGUCAAUGAAAAAUACCAAUAUGUAAUACAUUUAGUACAAUUUAUAGGCAAGUCUAAAGAUUUCAGUUUAUGGAAUAAUAAGCUAAAAUCAAAUGUGCUGCUUUUUGAAAUGUUCUUGUAUGUAACAAUACUGUGUGCAUACAGUGUGCAUGCAUGUGUAUGUAUGUAUGUGUGUGUAUACAUGCACACAGAUACAUGCACAGAAAUAAAGAGGUGUAUAAUAAAGACUGCAGAAAAAUUCUAAAAGAUUAUCUGAUUUCAUUGCAUACCACAGCACACAGGUGCUCUGGGAUCCUUCUAACACAGGCUGCUCUAAAGAACAAUACUGUUGAUUGUAUAACCACAUAUCUACAACAAACCUUUUGCUAUUGUGAAUUUAAUUCUGAAUUUAUUUUUCCAAUCUAGAUUUCAUUCUUCUAAGUAGUAUAUGCUGCUUUGGUAAGAUUCUGUAUUGUCA